AUGAGGAUGAGACGCUUGGAUUCAAUGAACCUAUCAUCUUAUAAAGAGCAUGUUGAACUCGCAUGUCAAGAGGCGAAGGAAGAGAUUAAAGGUCGAAAAAUGCUUAGCGCAAGUUAUCGGUUUAAACAUCAAGAUAGUGAAGAACUAGAGAGACUAGCCAAGGAACAGCAGGAAAUAUUUGAGCAAGCUAGGGCUGAUUUUAUCAGUGAACGAUUAGACAGAAGAGACUUACUGGUAGCGUCAAAUUAUGCUGCCUCAGAUUUGGGUAACUGUAUGAUGGAACGAGGAUCAUUGCAACCUGCCAAUUGUUCGGAUGUUAAUUCUGGCGAUGUGGUGACAUCAACAAAUAAAUCGUCUGUUUUACCAACGGCUACUGGAUCUGGACGCAUUUUAGGCUCUUCAGUUAUAGAAGACGAUGACAACUAUGAUGAAUAA